GAGUCACAUAUCGUGUGCGAUCUCACUUAAAGCAAGGUGUGUAAUUCCGUUUGUCCGUUGAAUUUGUGGUUCUUUUUUUUUUCAUCGUAUAUUAAAGACAAAUUUAUUGAAAAUAAAUAUUCACGUAAUUAAUAAAAAUACAAUAAAAAUGGUGUAAUUAAAUAAUGAAAUUAACAGCCGUUUAUGAGCCUCGAGAAUAUAAACAAUUAGGGAAAAAAAAAAAAAAACAAAUAUACGAGUGCUCCAAAAAUUUCGAGGCCGGGUUUUUGUCGCGUGUGUGUGUAUAUAUAUAUAUAUGUUUUGUGUGAUCUGUCAAGUCGUUUAUAUCUCUUCAUAAGUCAAAAAAGAAUUUUCUUUUUCUUAAUAUAUCACAAUUUGUGUAAGGUGUCAGUGAUAAAAAAAGAACUAUUAGUGUUUCUCUAAUACUAUGCUUAGAAUUUGCCAGAAAUUUGGAUUUGCACUGUUAGUGAAUCGUGUGCAGUGAAAAUAUAAAGCUUGACGUGGCCCCCUGUUUGUGUUUUGAGGUUAUUUCUGUAACUCGCGCGUGUAACUGACCUAUACCCAUCGAAAGGUGGACCCACCGAAGUCUUUUAUUUCCAAUUCACCAUCCCAACGAACAGGUUGGAUAUUGUUUGAACAGAUAGAUUAGACAAAAGAGUGUGAGAAGUAUUUGUGUGAAAGAAAAUUUUCUAAACGCAGGAAAAUAAAUAGGAAGUUUUCAUCAUAACCUCAAAAAUCAACUGUCAUAUCGCGAUUUUUAAAUGUUUUUCAAGUAUUCAAAAUAUAAAAGUGGAAUAAAUAAUUCUUAAUGGAUAAAUUGUGACGUAAACAUUUUUUUUUUUUUCCUCUCAGCAAUGUUUUAUUUGCUGAUUGUUUUUAAUACCAGAGCUAAUCCUCUGUGAUAGCUGUGUUUUGUAAUAUUAUCGAAAACUCCAAAGAAAAGAAAAAAAAAAUUCAACGUGUCUAAGAAUCUGUGAUAAAAAUUAGAGAAUUUUUUUUUUUUGCUAAUAGAAAAAAAUUAAAAAAAAUGCUAAGCCUAAAGAAAUUUUAUCGCGAGGAGCUCCUUCAGCUCGCUUUGCUUCUCUCAUUGCUUCGUGUUGAUCCGGAUGCUUAUUUAGGAUUAGAUAUACAGACAAUUGGUGUUGGAUCCUUGGAUUUAAAUAAUGGAUCAGGAUGGCAUUUGGACGCUCAUACAAUUGUACAUCGUCCGGUGUUUGUACAUCCAAAAAAUUUGGAUUCAAUGCUUCUUAAUUAUGAGAGAGAUAUAUUCGAAGACUUAAAUUCAUUGGGGAGAUAUAAUAGAUUGAAUAGUGCACCAAAUGAUAUACACGCGUAUUUAUUAAAUAUCGAGGAAUCUGGAAGAGAUGCACCUGAACCUGGACCAAGUAUAACAAAUUCAACAGAUCUUACGAGAAAUAUAACAUCACCUGAAACACCUUCUUUAUUACAAUCACCUUCUCAACCUGAUGGUGCAUCAGAAUUAACACAAGAGGAUAUGGAUUUGAUAGAAGUUCUUUGGAAGCAAGAUGUAGAUUUAGGAUUCACCAUUGUGGAACCAACAAGUCCGGAUAAGUCCUUGGAAAAGGAAUCUGACGAUGAUAUCGAAAAAUUGAAAGCCUUAAAAGCCAUUAAUUCUACACAUGAAAAGGAGAAAACCAAAGAGGCCGAAAAGCUGAAGGAAGAAGAUCCUUGGGCCGGUCUACCAUAUACUGUCGAUCUGGAAACAGGGGAAUAUAUUCUUAGUUCAUCAAACCAAAGUCAAGGCGAGAGCAGUUCUGUUGAUAGUUCUGUCAGUGAUCAAUUAUUGGGUGACCCAUCAUUGGGACUCAAUAAUCACGAAUUAGUGGGACUUUCUGAAGAUUCUUUAGGACUUAAUGACACUCUUGGUCUUGAGAAUGACUUUACGACAGACUUACUCGGAGGUGGGCUCCUAGGUGGUUCUAGUGUUGAGGGUCUUCUUAACAACGACUCAUUAAGCAUACCCGACGGAUUCAAUCUCGAGGAAGCAUUACAACUUGUUGGUCUCGAUGAAGUUCCGGGAGAGGAUAAUAGGUCGGAAGUGAAUAAGAACAAGUCCGGCGACGAAGAUAGUGACGUUGAAAAGUGCGAUUCAAGAAUAUCCUUGUCAGAUAACGGCAAGGUUAAAAGUUCAAUUGUUGAAGACGAAGAAACCGACGACGAGAUGAUUCACACACCGCAAUUUCAUCAUCCCCAUCACCCACAUCACCCUCACCAUUCUCAUCACCCACAUCAUCCUCAUCAUCGCUCAUUUCAAGGUCGCAUGCCAUUCAUGCGUACAAUGAGCACAGAACAGCGAUGGCAGGAUUUGGCAUCAUUGCUGUCAUUGCCAGGUGGUCCAGAUCAUUUUGCACAUCCAGCACUUCCUGGAUAUCCAGGACACGGCAUUGGUCACAGUCAUUACGAGGCACAACGUAGUGUAUUGCUUCAUAAUGCAACAUUGGCACCUCCCGUUGGCGAUCUCAAUGCCACAAGCCAAUAUCAUAAUGUUGGUGGACCAUCAAAUUUGGGAUCAGCGGUGGCAACAUCAAUGAACUUAACAAAUAGUAGUGAGCCAAUGGGAUCGGAAAAUGGUGCAUCAUACAAAACGGAACCAAAUGAUAUGAUGUACUAUCAUACACCUCCUGAUACCAUCAAUCAAACGACAGAUGGAUUUCUUUCAUCUCUUCUCAAUGAUGAGGAUCUUCAAUUGAUGGACAUGACCAUGAACGAUGGCAUGUACACCAUGCGAAUGUUGGACAACAACAGUAGCAAUGCAUCUGGACCAACUGGAGCUGCUGCACUACCUGGUGUACAAGCGGGUGGUGCACCACCAUCGGGUGGAGUGACAACAUUACCCUGCGUUACUGAUGAAAGAAUGGAUGCAUCAAGUGAUAGUGCUGUCAGCAGUAUGGGAAGCGAACGAGUUGGAUCUGUCUCAGAUGGAGAGUGGAUGGAAACGGGAUCAAAUUCUAGCCAUACUCAAGCCGAUUCUCACUAUUCAAUGGAUUAUGCGAGCAAAUAUCAUAUGCCAUACGAUUGUAGUUAUGGAAGAAGUGGUAGUUCACCACGUUGUCAAGCUGAUCGAAAUAUGGCCCCACAAAAAAAGCAUCAAAUGUUUGCUAAACGAUACUUCCAGGAACAAGGAACUGGAUCGCCUCUUAGUGCCACGGCUCACACGACAACCCCAAUGAAAUAUGAGUACGAUUCUCAAACAAUUGCUGCUGGUGCACCGGGAAACGCUUAUUCUGGACCAAUCGAGGGUGCUGCAGGUCCUCAAGCUGAAAUUAAAUACAGUUGCAGUGUUGAUUUUUCACGACAUCAAUCAGGACGAUCAGCGAUUGAGCAUAUUCAUCACAAUCACACGUAUCACCUUCCAGCAGAAAGUUCUGGUUCCCUACAACGUCCAUUGUCACGUGAUAAGAAAUUACGAAAACAUGAAGACGAACAUUUGACCCGCGAUGAAAAGCGAGCACGUUCUCUAAAUGUACCAAUUGCCGUUCACGAUAUUAUCAACUUGCCCAUGGACGAAUUUAAUGAGCGUCUUAGUAAAUAUGAUUUAAGUGAAGCACAAUUAUCGUUGAUUCGCGAUAUUCGACGAAGAGGCAAAAACAAGGUUGCUGCACAAAAUUGUCGUAAACGUAAACUCGAUCAAAUUAUCAGUCUCGCUGAUCAAGUUAAAGAAAUGCGUGAUCGUAAAACGAGACUCAUCAAAGAACGAGAUUAUAUGCUUGUUGAAAGACAACGGGUUAAAGAGAAAUUCAGUCAACUCUAUCGUCACGUUUUUCAGUCGCUACGUGAUCAAGAUGGAAAUCCAUAUAAUCCACACGAAUUCACCUUACAACAAACAGCAGAUGGAAAUGUACUUUUGGUACGUCGAAAUCAAACGAAUCCCUAUCAUUCACGUUCAUCGACAAUGGAUCCAAAAUCGAAACCCGACGAACGUAAAGAAUGAAAGAAGAGACAAAAAUAAAAAAAAAUAAAAAAAACGAAAAAUUAUUCUCAAAAUGAGAUUGAUAAUCAGAAGAAGUUCAAGGCGCUACUUUUUUAAAAAAAAAAUAUAUAAAUACAGCAAACUUGAAAAUUCGCGGUGUCAUCAGUUUCGUUACAUAUAUAUAUAAAAUAUAGUACACGGGGGACAUUUAUUUUUUAAGAAUAAUCAUUCUUUUAACGAAAAAUAAAAAAAAAAACGCGAUGCUUUUGCUUUUUAUAUCUUGUUCAAGUGUUUGCAGUGACAAACACAAGAAAGACAACGAUAAGUCCUAUUGAUUUCUAUAAAUAGUUUCGUACUAGACAAGGACUUUGGAAAUAAAAAAAUAUCACGAGUUUUAAUGUUUAUGGUAUUCAGGAGGAAGAGUACAAAAUAUCCUCGAAAAUUGGACAAUUUUCAAAUUUUGCUUCUGAAGAAGAUAAAAUUUUUUUAAAAUACAAAUUUGUUAUUAAAACAUGAUUUUCGAGGUAUAUAAAUGAAAAUCAAUUUUUAUUAAAACAAAAAAAAAAGAAUACCAUUAAAAAUUUAAGUUAGAGUAAGAAGAAAAUAUCUGACAUGAAUCAGAAAUGUUUUAGAAAAAUUUGUUAACCCCUCUCCCAGCGAAAUAUUCGUGAAAUAAUCGAUUUAUUAUUUCACCUCGCGAAAAUGAAAAAAAAAAAUCUCUUCUUCCUGUCUUGUGCCUAGACUGUACUCAGAAAUAGUGAUUUAUUAAUGAAGGUGUAUAUUUUCUAAGAAAAUAACACCAUCUUUUUCCUUAAGAGCCUAGCUCAUUGGAGGUGAAAAUAAAACGAAGAAAAAUGAAAAAAAAAAAAAAAAAAAAAAAAUGUAACAAAUGCCUGUCACAUUUCAAUAAAAUUUGUCGAAACAAUAAUUAUGUCACAAAUGCAUUAAAAUGUGAUUAUAAAAAAUUUAAUUGCGACUAAAAAUCUUGCAUACACAUGUAUAAUCGUUGUAUAAAAAAUUACUAUGUUUAAUAUAAUUCUUCAUUUUAAAACGUGAUUUAAUAUUAAUAAUAAUAAUAAUAAUAAUAAAAAGGAAAAAGAAAAGUUAUUUCUAAAGGGUAGCUUUUGUUCUACCUUUUAAACGAUAAAACCAGUGUCAAGAAUAAACAUAAAUUAACCUGAACUUAAAUAAGAAACUGGGGAGAAAAGAAAAAUAUAGAACAUUAUAUUUAUCGAAUAGAAAUCAUUUAAAUAAUAUUUAACGCAUCAAAUUUGCAAAAUCCUUUCUUUUUCGAAAAAAAUUUUUAAAAAAUGCGUUUUAUAAAAUUUAAAUAGUUUCUAUAACAAAAAUGUUUAUUUUUUGUUUAAUAAAAGGCAAAUGCUUGAGUUAUUGCCUAUGGGAACGUUGUAUUUGAUAAUUAUGAAAGAUUUUUUUUUUUUUGUUAUUUUUUUCGAACAGUAUAAGUACACUCAGGCAAGAUAAGUUACAUAAUAUAAAAUAAGACUAGAAUUUAAUUGCAACAAUGUGAAUAUAUAUAUAUAUAUAUAUAUAUAUAUAUAUAUAUAUAUAUAUAUAUUUGCUGCAAUUCAUAUAUUUCUACAAUAUUAAUCAAUAGUAUUAAUAUUGCGAUAUAAAAAAUGAACAAAAUGUUAUAUAAAUAAACAUAUUUUUUUAAAAAUAAUAAAAAUCGUUCAGGUAUUUCACAUUUGCCUUUUUGUGUAUAUAUUGAUGUAGGUAGUAUAAUUUUCUAUAAAUAUUACACAUGUAAAAAAAAAAAAAAUCGAAGUGAUUAGUUGAUAUAAAUAAGAAAAAAAUAUUACGUAUAAAAAAAAAUUAUUAAAAACUAAUUAUUAUUAUUAUUAUAAUGCUACAAAAUAAAUAUUAAAAAAAAAAAAAAAAAAAAAAAAA